AUGCCUCAGCCGUGGGGGAGCGGUUUAUGGAGUCGUCUCUGCGGCCGUAAUGUUAGCGCUCCCUCUGGACCCGCCUCUCUGGACCCGCCUCUCUGGACACGUCUCUCUGGACCCGCCUCUCCGGACCUGCCUCUCUGGACACUCUCUGGACCUGCCUCUCUGGACCCGUCUCUCUGGACCCGCCUCUCUGGACCCGUCUCUCUGGACCUGUCUCUCUGGACCCGCCUCUCUGGACCUGCCUCUCUGGACCUGCCUCUCUGGACCUGCCUCUCUGGACCCACCUCUCUGGACCCGCCUCUCUGGAUCCACCUCUCUGGACCCGCCUCUCUGGACCGCCUCUCUGGACCUGCAUAUCUGGACCUGCAUAUCUGGACCUCUGGACCCACCUCUCUGGACCGCCUCUCUGGACCUGCCUCUCUGGACCUGCCUCUCUGGACCUGCCUCUCUGGACCCACCUCUUUGGCCUCGCUCUCUGGACCCACCUCUCUGGACCCGCCUCUCUGGACCGCCUCUCUGGACCUGCCUCUCUGGACCUGCCUCUUUGGACCUCUGGACCCGCCUCUCUGGACCUGCCUCUCUGGACCUGCCUCUCUGGACCUGCCUCUUUGGACCUCUGGACCCGCCUCUCUGGACCUGCCUCUCUGGACCUGCCUCUCUGGACCUGCCUCUCUGGACCUGCCUCUCUGGACCUGCCUCUCUGGACCCACCUCUUUGGCCUCGCUCUCUGGACCCACCUCUCUGGACCCGCCUCUCUGGACCUGCCUCUCUGGACCUGCCUCUCUGGACCCGUCUCUCUUCCACAGGGACCAAUUUUGGAAUAAUAAAGACCGAAAUAACACUUGUUUUUACCUUGGUACAUAA